AUGUCGUUCUUCAACCGUGUGUGGGUGUACCAUGACACAGCAGACACCGUCCUCCUGACCUCAGGCAAAGACCGCGGGAAGGUCGGCGACUGGUUCAGCCGAGCCCUCAAUACACUGCAGCAAUGUCUGCAAACGAAGUCAACACAGUAUAACGACAAGACACUGGCCAUUGUCUUCCUGCUCAACAACUUCCACUAUGUGCUUAAG